AUGCUGCUCAAGAGUGCCGCCGCAGGGUUGGCUACGCUUCUCGCGUUAGCCGCCCCUUUGGCGUCCGCCAACCCGACGCCCAAGGGCAACUUCAGCUACAAUGACAAGGAAUUCUUGCUCAAUGGCCAGCCCUACCAGAUCAUCGGCGGUCAGAUGGACCCGCAGCGCAUCCCCAAGAAGUACUGGCGGCACCGGCUGCAGAUGGCGCGGGCCAUGGGCCUCAACACCAUCUUCAGCUACAUCUACUGGAACAACCUCGAGCCCGUCCCGGGCCAGUGGGACUUCCGCGACCGCAACGACAUUGCGCAGUUCUUCCGCAUCGCGCAAGAGGAGGGUCUCCAUGCCGUUCUCCGUCCUGGGCCGUACAUCUGCGGUGAGCGCGAUUGGGGAGGUUUUCCGGCGUGGCUGAGCCAGAUCCCGGGCAUGAAGGUCAGGGAGAACAACAAGCCGUUUCUGGAUGCGUCCAAGAAGUACCUCGACCGCCUAGGCGCCGAGCUGCGCCGGCUGCAGGUCACUAACGGAGGUCCCAUUCUCAUGACCCAGCUGGAGAACGAGUACGGCAGCUUCGACAAGGACAAGGCGUAUCUGCAGUCUUUGGCGGACAUUUUGCGGAGCAACUUUGACGUAUUCCUCUACACAAACGACGGCGGCGGCAAGAGCUACCUGGAUGGAGGCAGUCUUCACGGCGUCCUCGCCGAAGUCGACGGAGACGACUCCAAGGCGGCAUUUGAAGCCCGCGACAAGUACGUCACUGACAAGACGAUGCUCGGUCCUCUUCUCAACGGCGAGAAAUACAUCACAUGGAUCGACGACUGGGCGGCCAACUCGACGCACCACAUCACGUCAGGCAACGCGGACGCCGUCGCCUCGGUCGUUGCGGACCUCGAAUGGGUGCUGCAGAACAAGCACUCCUUCAGCAUCUACAUGUUCCACGGCGGCACCAACUUUGGCUUCGAGAACGGCGGCAUCUUCGUCAACGGUCGCCUCAAUGCCGUCACGUCGAGCUACGACUACGGCGCGCCCCUCGAUGAGAGCGGUCGCCCGACUGAAGUAUACCACAAGCUGCGCGAGAUGAUCUCCAAGUACGUGCCCAAGGGUAGCAUUCCUGCUCUACCGGCUACGCCCGACUUGACCGAGGUAAACGAAUUCGCGCUGUUUCCUGCUGUCGCGCUCUUCGAUACCCUGCCAAAGGAACCUAGCAAGAAGUCCGACCAGCCGGUGACUAUGGAGUCGCUCGGUCAGUCGUACGGUUUCGUCUUGUACGACCACACCGCUACCGAGGAUUCUUCGGGUAUCUUGGUCGCUGGUGACGUGCCCCGCGAUCGUAUCAUCGCAUACGUCAACGGCAAGAAGGUCGGUGUCGUGGACAGGACGUACGUCACGCCCAAGGCGGUGCAGUUGACCCUCAUGAAGGGCGACGUCCUUCGUUUGCUGGUCGAGAAUCUCGGUCGCGUAGACUUCAGCCAGCCUCUGCGCGAGCAGGCCAAGGGCAUCGUCGGAGACGUCAAGGUUGGAGACAAGGCCCUCAGCGGCUGGUCCGCAUACUCCAUUCCACUCUCCUCGCUGCCGAAGGAUCUAUCCGGCAAGGCUGCUGUGAAGGACACACCUGUUUUCUACACCGGUACUUUCAAGGUGAAAGACAGCGCGAAGACCGACCUGUCGGGCGACACGUUUCUUGCGCUUCCCAAGGGUGUCAAGGGCCAGGUUUGGGUGAACGGUGUGAACCUCGGCCGCUACUGGACUGUGGGGCCGCAGCAGAGCCUUUACGUCCCCGGUGUGUAUGUGCAGGCGCAUGGAAGGGACAACCAGGUGGUUGUGCUGGAGCUGGAGCCGAGUGCGGAUGUGAAGCUGACUGGCAAGGGCAUCGCAACGAGGAUCUGGGGCAAUAACCCCGACCCCGAUGCUCCAUGA